AAUGGAGAGGUGAGGAAAAUGAGAACCCAAAGGAUGGAUGUGGGCUCUUCUAAGCUUCAAGUUUGGAUAAAUAGGCAACUUUGGCAAAGCCCCGCCUUUCUCUCAGACUUGAGGAUGUAAAUUCAGAGAUAUGUGGCUGCUUUGAAGCCAUUCUUAUUCUAAAGGUCUCAGAUUAUCAAUAUGUUUCUUCCAGCAAUUUAACAGAAAAUAAACCUGCAUUCUUUUACAUUUUUAUCCAACACAAUCUCUUUAAUUACUUGCAAAAGAAAGCUGAUUGGAUCAAAUUCGGGAAUGGGCAAUACGGCAAUUUCGUUUGCUCCGGGGCCCACAAAUACAACUCGCCAUUUUUGUACCGGUGGAAAGAAAAUGAAAAGGAAAAUUAGGCAUAUAUUGUUCAGAGGACCAGAGCCAUUAAAACAGAAAGCUGAGACUGGAGUUUUACGUUAUCCUUAAAUAACGUCCGUACUACCAACUGAACUCUGAGUGAGGGAGAGACUCAGAAUUCUUGCAUAGGAGCAAAAAAAUGGCGGCAGAGACUGUGAGAUUAACGGGUUCGAGUUUGUAUUCGCUAUGCAGCUUCAACGGGUCUCCAAGGGGAGCUAACUCUUCCUCUAGACCAAUUCGGUUUCUGGGUCUCCCUCCUCGAGCUUCUUUCUCUCCUUCUUCAAUCUCUUCCUCGCUUUCUCAUUUUUUGGGAAGCAUGCGUUUUGGCUCACAGUCUUCCAAGGUUUACACUUCACGUCAACAACAGCAGAGGAGAAACUUCUCUGUCUUUGCCAUGGCCGCUGACGAGACAAAGCGUGCAGUACCAUUGAAAGAUUACCGUAACAUUGGAAUUAUGGCUCACAUAGAUGCAGGGAAGACUACUACAACUGAGCGGAUUCUGUAUUAUACAGGAAGAAACUAUAAAAUAGGGGAAGUACAUGAAGGAACAGCUACAAUGGACUGGAUGGAGCAAGAACAAGAAAGAGGAAUCACCAUUACUUCUGCUGCAACUACCACAUUUUGGAACAAACACCGGAUUAACAUUAUUGAUACUCCUGGGCAUGUCGACUUCACACUUGAAGUAGAACGAGCACUCAGGGUGUUGGAUGGUGCCAUAUGCCUAUUUGACAGUGUAGCUGGUGUGGAACCACAGUCUGAAACUGUGUGGAGGCAAGCUGAUAAAUACGGAGUACCAAGAAUUUGCUUUGUCAAUAAGAUGGACCGCCUUGGAGCAAACUUCUUUCGAACAAGAGACAUGAUAGUAACAAACUUGGGUGCUAAACCUCUUGUUAUUCAACUUCCAGUUGGUUCAGAAGAUAAUUUUCAAGGGGUGAUUGAUAUUGUAAAGAUGAAAGCUAUACUUUGGUCAGGAGAAGAAUUGGGUGCAAAGUUUGAAUAUGCGGAUAUUCCUGCAGAACUUGAAGAGUUGGCUCAAGAAUACCGGGCACUGUUGAUAGAGAAUAUAGUUGAGUUGGAUGAUGAUGUUAUGGAGAAAUAUCUAGAAGGAGUUGAACCUGAUGAGGAAACCAUAAAACAACUAAUUAGGAAGGGCACAAUUGCUAGCAGUUUUGUGCCGGUCUUAUGUGGAUCUGCUUUUAAGAAUAAGGGGGUUCAGCCGUUGCUUGAUGCUGUUGUUGAUUAUUUGCCUUCUCCACUUGAUUUGCCAUCAAUGAAGGGUACUGAUCCAGAGAAACCAGAAGUGACGGUUGAAAGGACCGCAAGUGAUGAUGAACCAUUUUCUGGACUGGCUUUCAAAAUCAUGAGUGAUCCAUUUGUGGGAUCCCUCACAUUUGUGAGAGUUUAUGCAGGGAAGCUAGCUGCAGGAUCUUAUGUAUUGAAUGCAAACAAAGGAAAGAAGGAGAGAAUUGGAAGACUUCUAGAAAUGCAUGCCAACAGUAGGGAGGAUGUAAAGGUAGCUUUAACAGGUGAUAUUGUUGCCCUAGCAGGUCUAAAAGAUACAAUAACUGGUGAAACACUCUGCGAUCCUGAUAGCCCUAUUGUGCUUGAACGUAUGGACUUCCCUGACCCUGUGAUCAAGGUUGCAAUUGAACCCAAGACUAAAGCCGAUGUCGAUAAGAUGGCAAACGGUUUGAUCAAACUUGCUCAGGAGGACCCUUCUUUCCACUUCUCACGAGAUGAAGAAAUCAAUCAGACUGUUAUUGAAGGAAUGGGGGAAUUGCAUCUCGAGAUUAUUGUAGACCGCCUGAAAAGAGAAUUCAAGGUGGAAGCUAAUGUUGGUGCACCCCAAGUUAACUACCGAGAAAGCAUUUCCAAAGUUUCAGAAGUGAAGUAUGUGCAUAAAAAACAGUCAGGUGGACAAGGACAGUUUGCUGAUGUAACUAUACGAUUUGAACCUAUGGAGGCAGGUAGUGGAUACGAGUUCAAAAGUGAAAUCAAGGGAGGUGCAGUGCCAAGAGAAUAUAUUCCUGGGGUGAUGAAAGGACUGGAGGAGUGCAUGAAUAAUGGAGUUCUUGCAGGCUUUCCUGUCGUUGAUGUACGUGCUGUACUGGUUGAUGGUUCUUACCACGAUGUGGAUUCGAGUGUCUUGGCAUUUCAACUAGCAGCUAGAGGAGCUUUCCGUGAUGGCAUCAAGAAAGCUGCCCCAAAGAUGCUAGAACCUGUAAUGAAAGUCGAAGUGGUCACACCUGAAGAACAUUUGGGAGAUGUUAUUGGUGAUCUCAACUCCAGGAGAGGUCAGAUUAACAGCUUUGGUGACAAACCUGGCGGCCUCAAGGUGGUUGAUUCGCUGGUUCCACUGGCAGAGAUGUUCCAAUAUGUUAGUACUCUCAGGGGAAUGACAAAAGGUCGUGCAUCCUACACCAUGCAAUUAGCCAAAUUUGAUGUUGUCCCUCAGCACAUUCAAAACCAGCUUGCUACAAAGGAGCAAGAAGUUGCUGCUUGAUUCCUGGGAGUAGCAUUAGCUUUUUGCCAGAUAGAUAGUUUGAUACUGAUGAUUCAAUGAACCAGUUUUGUUUUCACUUGUACCCACUUCAUAUAUAAUUGCAAAAGAAUUUGUCCCUAAACAUUAUUACACCACUUUGACAUGAAAAAGAGAGAAGGAAAAGCGAUUGUCACUUCAA